AUGCUUGAUGCACUGGCAGGUAAAAGAAUAAGGAGCAAUACUUCAGAGUUUGGGACUAAGCAGCUCUUGGAGAUAUCAAAACAAGCAUUGAAGAAAGGAGAGAUAAAUAUCGCAGAACAAUAUGCUGGAAGAGCAAUACGAAAAGAGAAAUACGAAGAUGCAUCAAAGGAGAGAAACCCAGAACCUUAUUUUCACUUGGCUGAAGUCCUAAAGCAGAAAGCGUCAGACGAAACCGUCCUGUUACCUCAAAGACAAAAAUUAUUACUGCAGGCUGCGUCGCUGUACAAUUUCGUAGGAAAUUGUUUUAAUAAAAGUGCUGUUGAAUCUAAAAGCGAAUUUGCGACGAGUCAUGAGAAUGUUUUACCUGGGAAAAUUUUAGAAGUUCAAGAAAGUCUAAUCGUAGCCACUCGAGGAGACCGCUUGCGCUGUAGAUUUAAUCCUGAAAGUAAGAAGAUUGCCAUAGAACAAUUACGAGAGGAGGCUAAGAGAGAACUGAGAGUUAUAAAUGCCAAAUACGAUGCUAAAACUGGUAAUGAGGAAGAUCUUCGGAAAUUGUUUAUCAAGCAAACCGCGGAUGUAAAAGAUUUAUACAAAAAGAUUGCAUCAAAACUGAAACAGUUUUUUGCAGAAAUCAUUCAAGAGUGUUUAGAAGUCUUGGGUGAACUGCCAUGCGAAUACGAAGUCAUUCUACUUGGAUCAUUAUCGAGAGAAGAGAUGACACCAUAUUCUGAUCUGGAGUGGGCUAUACUAACCAGAUCUGAUGACGAACAGUCUAAAAUAUUCUUCCGCAAUUUAACCAAUCUUGUUCAUUUACAGGUAAUCAACCUUGGAGAAACCAUCCUUCCUUGCAUGGAUAUUGAAGUAUUAAGAGGAGCAUGGUUUUAUGAUGAUGUAACUCCAAAAGGAAUUUCCUUCGAUGGCCUUCUUGAUCAGGCAAGCAAGACUCCUUUGGGUAACACAGACGAUUUUGAGCUCAUUCACAACCCCACUGAAAUGGCAAAUUUUCAGAGCAACUUUUGGUACAAGAAGGAUCCUUGCCUCGGUGAAAUCCUUUUGAAUGUUGCGCCCCUGGACGAAAGCAGACAUGCUUUACUGGAUGAAUAUAAGAUGGAGCUCGAGAAGAUAUUGAGCGAACCAUGUGACUUGGAUAGCUGUGCUCACGAUGGAUUAAAUACCAGACCGACAAGAGGAUCUUGCCGAGGACUGCGCACGCUCCAAGAGGACAUAUCCAGAUAUAAACCAUUACUACAUGGCCUAACUUCAGAAUACUGUUUUAAACCAGAGUGCUCGAAAAGGUUGUUAAAUUACGAUGGGCAAUUGUUUGAUAUCAAGAAAACAAUCUAUCGUUUAACAGAUCGCGUGGUGGUGGCCCUUUCAAAUGUUUUCGAAGUAGGAGGAAAAGGAUCAUUUGAGGCUCUUGACAAGUUGUGUGAGAGGAACGUGAUCAGUCCAAGUGCCAAAGAUAACGUAGCCAGUGCUGUAGCUAUUGCGUUGAAGAUGAGGUUGAGUACUUAUCUUUCUGCUGGGAAACAAGAAGAGACAAUAAAAGGGACAACAGGGAACGCUACAUCUGCUUACCAUAUACCUACAGAAAAAGAACUGUUUCAUUUUUUCUAUGUGUCCAGUCCACUGUUUGAAUCGUUGCUUCGCUUGGGUGACGACGUUAAGAACCGCUCAGAAGAUUUAGCACAAACAACGUUCUUCAGUUUCUCUGAUACCGUAAAAGGCCACAUUCACUGUCGUCUUUUAAAUUACAAGGCCGCGUCAGAAUGCUAUAAGCGUGCACUUGAAAAUGACCCGGGGAAUAGUGGCAUAGAAAUGCGACUGCACCAAAUUGAGGCUUUGCUAAGCGUUAGCACGGACGGUGGAGAUAUUUGGGAUACUUACUUCACGACGCCUUUCUUAACUACAUUUGUCUCUGAUGAACGUAAUAUUAAUGUUGUAACUGAAAUGAAUGAAAAAAAUUACGCCAAAAUAAAGCGGUGGGGUAUAAGUGUCGAAACGAUUGCUGAUUUAAACAAGCUGGCGGUAUUACUCAUGUCCCAGAAAACCGGCGAAGCUUACAAAUGUCUGCAGCGAGCAUUUACAAUGGAGCAAACUAUUUUUGGCGAUAAUCCUAACCCACAUUCUGCCUUAACUUCGGCAUUGCUUGGAAAAUUGUCCAGUAGCUGGGGAGAGAGAAUCUUCUAUUUCGAGCAUACGCUUAAACGCCUUCCAUUUUCAGAAGAGAAAGAAAAUUUAACGGAUGCGAGAUGUGAUAUCUACGGCAUUUUGGCACAAUCCUAUAUCAACACGAGAAAUUUCGAGCAAGCGAAAUUAUACUCAAAAAAAGGUUUAGAUUUGAUUAAAACAAGUGCGAAAAGUAAAAACAGAUCACACUGCUCAUUUUUGAGCUUAUUAGCAGGGAUUUCGGUAAUUGAAGGGAAAUUUGAAAAUGCAUUGGAACACUUAAGAAAAGUUCAAGAAAUUUUAAAAAAUACCGUAGGAGAUGAAUGCAUCAUUGCCAGAACGACGAGGUCUGUUGCACGCAUGUAUAGUAGUUUGGGUAAAAUUGACGAGGCAAAAGAACUACUUCUACGUGGACACGAAGAAGCACAAGACACACACAAAAUGAAUUACCUGGACGCUCUUGGAAGUUUAUGUUGGAAGCAAGGUCUAGCGGAAGAGGCAGAACAACAUUAUAAGGAAGUGUUAAAUCAAAUAAUCGAACUGGCGUCAGCGAAAAAAUUCAUCAUCGUAUCAACCCUCUUAGUUCUCUCCAAGAUUGUAAGUGAGAACAAGCCCUCUGAAGCAAUCAGCUAUCUGGAACAGGCUGCAAAAUAUCUUUCCGAUCUAAAUGACAACGACAUAAAAUUUGUGUUCCUGAAAAAAAUCGCUCUGAGGUGGGAAAGUCUGAAAGACUAUACCAAAGCUUACAUGUACCUGAAUAAAGCGCUCAAAUUGUGUGGAAAAUCAGAGUUAACCUCGGAGAUGGAGUUACGACGUGAAAUUGGUCUACGCGUUAAACUGGUAGGCUUGCUUAAAAAGGUAAACUCGUUGCCAGGGACUGGGGAGAGUUCAAUAACUCAUAAACAAAUGAAAAAUGAACAACGACAGCACUAUGAAAAAGCUUGUGAUCUAUUGCAAAAAUAUUUAGCGUCAGGCAGUUUAGACUGCAGUGGCAUUAAUAUGCCUAUUAAUAUGUCAGACGAGUUAUUUAGUCCUUAUUGUUUGUGCAGAAGUGAGGAGGUGGAAACCGAGAGUAUUAACGAAGAAAUUUGGAGAUACAUCAACGAGCUUUCCAACGCUUUUGAUGAGUUUGAAAACGAGAACUGCAUCUCCGUAUCGAAAACAAAGGAGUAUCAAGAGCGUUUAACUUUUAAACGCUCAAAAUUUUCCCGCGAUGAGCCAGGGGAGAACACAGAAGUAUACUGUACGAGCGCGCACAAUAAAAGAAUAGAAUGUUCUCUUGUAUCAGAUUACGAUAACGCCUGCGUUUUAGCAAGAUCUAUUCUGUGUGACAGUAAUCACAGUUACUUAAAAACGAAAGAAAAAUCUUUUCUUUCUUUGGUGGAAUCGUUGCCAGAAACGCGCUCCUGUGUCAAUUUUUUUAUAAAAGAAGCAGAAAACGCUAAAAACAAGAAGGACAUUCACCAGAUGAUUGUUUUCCUUGAACUAGCUUCCAGCCAGGCGUCGGUUAUCGAAGAUGAGGCAAAAAUUUUCAAAUUGGUCGGAGAAUGUCAACUACACCUGCAAAGUUACAGAAUGGCAGAGAUCAGUUUUAGGAAAGCAGCAGACAUUUUUCGAUCAGUAGAAUCAUCAUCUGAACUCGACAUUAAAGUUUUUUAUAUGGAGAGUUUGAUUGGUCUGGCCAAGAGUCGCAUGCUUUGUAAUGAUGUGGAAAAUGCAUUAUGCGCAUGCGAGGAAGGUUUGCGGAUUGAACCUCAACUGACGACAUCUAUAUUUUUAGAGAAGAGAAUUGAGUUGCUUUAUUUCGAUGCAAGAUGUUCGUUUCUGCAAAUCACGAGUUCUACUCCCAGAACACACCUCGAAUGUUUGUCUGAGAAGUUGGAUACACUUCAUCACCACAUACAUACUAAUUUGGAAAAUGACUUUUAUGCGUUCAGCGAACAGUUAAUUCUUUUUCCAAAUAUUUUGGUUAUGAAAGUAUUCAUUCUCUUCCGCGUUGCGAUAUCAGAAGAAGGACGAAUGAACGCACGACAGUAUGCAAAACAUUUUGCUGAAGAACACUUGAACGUGGAGAAGUAUGGAAAUACCAACGUGUUAAAGAAUUCUGAGGUUGAAAAUACCAGACGCACGCUUCGUCGUUUCCAUUCCUGUUUAGGUCAAAUUUUAGUGAUUCAGGAAACGGAAAAUGCAGAGAUUUUUUUAAAAAAGUCUUUACCUGAUUUUUUUGUUCCUGUUUUCACUGGCACAAUUAUACCGUUGGACGAGAUCAUCCCAUUGUUAGAUGCAAUUACAGCAACCAAGGCCGCCUCAUCAUCCGCACAAGAACCACACAGCCUGUUCCAGCAAACCCUGGAAUUAUGUAGGGACGAAUACCUGAAGGUAAACGACAAUCCAGUUCCACUCCUUAAUUUUUUCCGAAAUCUGGGUAAUCACUAUGUUGACGGGGGAGGGACUGAGAAAGCCACUUAUGCCUAUGAAGCUGGAUUAGAGGUCGUCGAUCACCUGAUCUCAGACGCUGCAGACCAAGUGAACGCUCGGGGUGAAAUGAUGCUGCACCUUGCCAAUAUGCACAGAAUUCAAGCUUUAGAAAACACAGGAAAAGGCGAAGUGGAAGAAAGUCUCUUGGCAGAAAAAUACUACAAGUUUGAAAAUGGCAACGGGACUGAAAAGAGUAGUAUUCAUAAAUACAUUAUGUAUGCUAACUUUCUGUGUGACGAAGGGCGCUUUGAAGAAGCCAUUGUCGUUCUAAAUCAAGCAAUUCAAGCAGGCGACAAGCUGUGGUCAACCACCGUCAUUUGUUCAUUUUCACAACGUGUUCUUUAUGGAUCAGAUGUCAAAAAAUACAUUGAAUCUGACGGUGAACUGCUCACAAAGAUGGGAAACUUGGCGUACACAUCACUAGUUCGCGCGUAUGUUCAACUUGGAAACGGAAGAGAGGCAUGCAAAGCGUUAGACACAUUGAUAACAAAUGGCGAAGAUUUGCCUCGCAGUGCAAUCUACACAACAUCCUGUCUUUCACAUCUUGUUGCCUUCUGCCAGAAAUAUUUAAUGUCACUUAUUGAGGAUCCCUCGAAAUUAUCAUUUAACGAUUCAGAAUUUCCACUGUCAUCCGAAAAUUUCGCGAAAUUGUACCACGAGCUGGGAGAAUUCGAACUGGCGCUUAAUUUGUGUGAGAGGUUAAAAAAAUCUUUGGUUGGCUUUUUUGUUCCUGCUUCCACCGGUACGAUUGAACCAUUGAACGAGAUCAUCCCGUUGUUAGAUGCAAUUACAGCAACCAAGGCCGCCUCAUCAUCCGAACAAGAAUCACACAGCCCGUUCCAGCAAACCCUGGAAUUGUGUAGGGACGAAUACCUGAAGGUAAACGACAAUCCAUUUCCACUCCUGUAUUUUUUCCGAAAUCUGGGUAAUCACUAUGUUGACGGAGGAGGGACUGAGAAAGCCACUCGUGCUUAUGAAGCUGGAUUAGAGGUCGUCGAUUACCUGAUCUCAGACGCUCCAGACCAAGUGAACGCUCGGGGGGAAAUGAUGCUGCACCUUGCCAAUGUCCACAGACUUCAAGCUUUAAAAAACACAGGAAAGGGCGAAAUGGAAGAAAAUCGCUUGGCAGAGAAAUACUACAAGUUUGAAAAUGGCAAUGGGACAGAAAAGAGUAGUAUUCAUAAAUACAUUAUGUAUGCUAAUUUUCUGUGUAACGAAGGGCGCUUUGAAGAAGCCAUUGUCGUUCUAAAUCAAGCAAUUGAAGCAGACGACAAGCUGUGGUCAACAACCGUCAUUUGUUCAUUUUCACAACGUGUUCUUUAUGGAUCGGAUGUUAAAAAGUACAUUGAAUCUGACGGUGAACUGCUCACAAAGAUGGGAAACUUGGCGUACACAUCACUAGUUCGCGCGUAUGUUCAACUUGGAAACGGAAGAGAGGCAUGCAAAGCGUUAGACAUACUGUUAAAAAAUGGCGAAGAUUUGCCUCGCAGUGCAAUCUACACAACAUCCUGUCUUUCACAUCUUAUUGCCUUCUGCCAGAAAUAUUUAAUGUCGCUUAUUAAAGAUCCCUCGAAAUUAUCAUUCGACGAUUCAGAAUUUCCACUGUCACGUGGAAAUUUUGCGAAAUUGUACUACGAGUUGGGUGAAUACGAACUGGCGCUUAAUUUGUGUGAGGAGUGGUUUACCGUAUCACAACCUACUAAUGAAACAGAAUAUCUGAACAAGCUUUCGAGUGUGCGUGUUACAGCAGAUGCAUUGGUUAUGAUGGGGAGAGGUGAUGAAUCUAUUUUUUUUUACCGUAUGUUUCUUGUGACGCUGGAUCAGUGUGAAGGGAUUCUUUUUAAAUCAUUUGAUGAACAACAUGCUAUUAUUUCUCAGCUCUCAUUUCCGGAAUCAAGAUACGUUUACCUGGCACUGGGGAGGAUGAUGCUGAAACACCAAGAUAAGAUUGAUGAUGCAAUAGCAUGCUACGAGCAUUGUGUAGGCCUGGAUCCCAGUGACGACAGCGAUCUAGACUGGAUGGGAACUCUGGCGGACCUUUAUCAAACCAAAGCUUUCACAAAUGGUAAGGAAGAUAAGGCGAUCUACCAGAAGUGGAUGGGCAAAGCUCAAGAGUGUUUCCAGAAACUGAUCAACAAAAACAUAAAAAUGACGUCAUUGCUUCUGACCACCUUUGCCUCAUUUCUUCUCCGAAAUAAACAAUUUGCCGAAGCAAUUUCCCACUUUGAGGAGCUGCUUGCUGGUGAAACAAACUCUGUGAUCUUUUACGCUCAGGUUGACAUACCUUUGUCUGGCGUUCACAUAGCGAGAGAAAUUAGAGAAAGAGGGACUUUUUGUUUAGAAGUGAAGGUCCAUAUUUACUAUCUUAUUGCGCUGGCGUAUUUUCAAUGUGGUAAAAUUGAGAAAGCACAAGAAUGUGCGCUGGAAAUGGAGAAAUAUAUCGAGAAUUUUCGGUGUACACCAUUAUAUUACCUCAAUGGUCGUUCUUUACUUGCGUAUACGUACAAAGAAACUGGAAACGAAAGAAAGGCAAUGGAAAUAUUAAAGAAGGUGUUGGAGAUUCAACCAGGUAACAUGCCUGUGAAACAGGCGUUAGAAGAAUGUGCAACUAUUGCAGCAACAACAUCAAGUUGA